GUGACAGUUGAUGAACCUAGAAAGUAGCGGUUGAACCUUCAUGAUCCAUCGCACCACUCCCGGACCCAACUGAGCCUACAUAGCAGCUGCCUCCUAAUCAAACCAACCAAUCCACAACUGCCUCAACUCACUCCCGAACCUCACAUCCAGAAUAUUAUUGUACCAACAUGAAAGCAGCCGCAGCGAGAACAUUCGGAAAGAAGCCCAAAGAUUCUGUUCCUUCGAGUGGUUCCGAUCCCAAGGCUGACGAGUCAGUCGACAACAAGCCCGGCGAAGCUCGAUCACUCAAGGUCUCCUCUCCUGGCACUUUGGUCAUCCGGAUCGUCGAGGCCACCGGACUGAAGCUUCCUGAGGGGACCGAACUUCCGGAACGUAUCCAACGUGCACUCGAGAGCGAUGCGGCAAAUUCUAGCUCUGUUAGCGGUAGUGUCGGCCCCGGCUUGAAUAGUAAAGCCAGCCAUAGAGUUAGCGUCCACCGAAAACAAAAAUGGUGGUUACCCUAUUGUAUCUUGACUUAUGAUAAAAAUGAAAUUUUGGUUGAUGCAGUCGGUGGAGCACUUGAAAAUCCGGGCUGGAUGUAUCGAGCAGACUUUGACGUGUCGCGUGCAUCCGACGUGACGGUUUCAGCUUAUUUGAGAACUGCUCCGGGUCAUGAUCGACAAGACAUGGGUAAUGAUUUACUAAUCAGCAGUGUCACCUUCUCUCCCAAUAUCCAAGCUAAGGGUGUGACCGAUGCAUGGUAUUCCGCUAGCAGUGGCGAAGGAAAGUUCCAUGUGCAAGUGAUGUACAAAGCUUCCGCCAAUGAUCCUUUGACCAUCGACUCAUUCGAGUUGUUAAAAGUGAUCGGGAAAGGAUCAUUCGGGAAAGUCAUGCAAGUUCGCAAGAAAGACACGGGGCGAAUUUAUGCGCUCAAAACCAUUCGAAAGGCUCACAUCGUUUCUCGAUCAGAGGUUACUCACACCCUUGCCGAACGAACCGUCUUGGCCCAAAUUACCAACCCAUUCAUCGUUCCUCUCAAGUUUUGUUUCCAAAACCCGGACAAGCUUUAUCUGGUCUUAUCCUUCAUCAACGGUGGUGAAUUGUUCCAUCAUCUCCAGCGUGAGGGUAGAUUUAGUGAGGAACGAUCGAGACUUUACACUGCUGAACUUCUCUCGGCACUCGAAUGCCUACAUUCCAUGGAUGUCAUUUACCGUGAUUUGAAGCCAGAAAAUAUUCUUUUGGAUUAUACUGGUCACAUUGCCUUGUGUGACUUUGGGCUUUGUAAGCUCAACAUGGGUGAAGCCGAACGAACAAAUACAUUCUGUGGAACUCCCGAAUAUCUUGCCCCAGAAGUUAUCAAGGGAGAAGGUUACGGUAAAACUAUUGAUUGGUGGACGCUGGGCAUAUUACUGUAUGAGAUGUUGUCCGGUCUUCCCCCGUAUUAUGACGAGGAUCAUCAUACAAUGUACCGCAAAAUCCUGAAGGAUCCGUUAACUUUCCCAGCUGAGAUUAAGCCUGAUGCACGUGCCCUAUUGACCGGGUUGCUAGACCGAGAUCCUAACACUCGUCUAGGAGCCAGAGGUGCAGAAGAUAUCAAGCGACACGCAUUCUUCGCCAAAUCCAUAGAUUGGGAUAGAUUGAACUCCAAAGGUUAUCGUCCACCGUUCAAACCGAGUGUCGAAAGUGCGGCCGAUGCGAGUAAUUUUGACAGCGAAUUCACAAGUGAAAUGCCUAUGGAUUCUGUGGUGGAAGAUUCUCAUUUGAGCGAGACUGUACAACAACAAUUUGAGGGCUUUACUUUCAAUCCUGCCGGUGAAUACAUGAGCGAAAGUGUUCGGGAUUGAUCGCCACGACAAAACGACCAAGGUUACGACGUUUUUUUUUUUGUUUCAUCAGAAGGAAUCUUUACAUAUACAAACCACUCCGAUCUUGCGUUAUGUUUUUUUGUUAAAUUAUUCAGUGCCCAUAGUUUGCACGGACACCUUGUUCACCUUGUUCUUCCUAGUUUCUUUUACUUUCUUUUCCCCCUUUUUUGCGCGAAUCAUCUUCUGCUUCUAUGUUUCGGAGUGAAGCCGUGGGGGUACUGUAGAGGUCAUCAUUCGAACUUGAGAUACCAGGGCAAUCGGAAGAGGGCCGUAACAAUUCGGGCUUACUUCCAUGUGCACCAAAGCAACCAGCUGG